GUUGAUGAGUUAAGACGUGAAUCAAGAUGUUGCCAUCUAAAACGAAAAAUUAAGAAAUUCUACAUCAAAUACGAACACUUCUUUAAGUGAUAACUUUUGAAGAAGAAAUUUACAGCAUUUGGCAAGGGAUGUAGUUGAUCUGAUUUUUCUGUGAAUGCAAAAAUAAAUGGUAUUUUUUUUAAAUUUCAAGGAAUUCAAACUGCAAUAACUUAGCCUGUAUUAACUUGCAACAACCAUGGGGACUGAGAAUAUUACAUAUGUCGAAGAAUCUUACUAUAAUGUGUCUGCUGUAAUGCCGGAACCACCACUGUAUAUUGUAAUUGUCGCAAGUAUAAUGUAUGGACUUACAUUUUUUCUUGGACUAUUCGGUAACUUAAAUGUGAUUAUUAUCGUCUACAAAUACAAAACAAUGCGAUCGCGGAUGAAUUAUUUUCUUGUGAACUUGAGCAUAACUGACUUUUUUGUUUUAUUGGUGUGUAUUCCAUCUGCAGCUGUGGAUCUUUUUGCUAAGGAAGUCUGGUAUUUUGGAGAAACAAUGUGCAAGAUUGUUCCCUUUCUGGAGCAGGUGACAACUCUUUCCUGUGUUCUGACCAUUCUUGCAAUUACUUUGGAUCGCUACAAAGGAAUUUGCUAUCCACUGAAAUAUGACGAAGGACGACUGCAUAAUAUUGGUACCCAGUUACUGAUAAUUUGGGCAGUAUCAAUAUUUGUGUGCAUACCAGUGAUAUUCAUCCCUGUCUUCCGAGAUUCAAACUUCCACGAUGGAACACCAAUCCAAGUCUGUCGAAUGCCAAUUAAUCAUAUGUGGCAGUUAGUCUAUUUUAUCUUGAUUUUUGCGGUGUUUUUCUGUUUCAUGUUUAUUAUGCUUCUAUUUUUCUACGGCAAAAUCUGUAAGGCUUUAGGGGAACGCAAGAAGUUCAUCAAUCUAUCUGCAGACAGAUAUGCCAAAAAAAUUCUCAAGGAAAGGCGGCAAAUGGUUAAACUGAUGCUAGCAGUUGUAGUCAUGUUCUUUAUUUGUCUUCUACCGCAGAGGGCUGUUAGUCUGUGGCUGAUAUUUGCAGACAAAUCAAACAUUAUGUCGUUACAGCUGGAAGGCUAUCUACUUUUAAAGACCUUUCCUAGAGUGUUAGUAUAUAUGAAUAGUGCGAUUAAUCCUAUCAUAUAUAACUUCAUUUCUACAAAAUUUAGAAAAGCAUUUUUAAAUAUACUGUGUAUCAAACAUAAACUGUAUUCUCUGACAGAUGUUUCGAUGGUGAGACGGAAAAGUUGUUACACUGACGUAACAGAACUAACAGGCAAUGCAAAAUUGAAGAACAACCGCUAGAGGUCGCAUUGUUUAUUGUUUAUUUAGUUGACUCAGUUUUCUCUUAAUAAUUUCAUUGUCAAAUUUCUAGACAGAGUGCUUUUUUAUAA